AUGUCAUCUAGCGUCUCGUCAAAAACAUCUUCAUUUCAUCAACAUAUUCAUUAUGAUAAAAAAAGUAAAUUAAAAUCAUUGAUAAGCCUUAAUGGAAUCAUUCCACCUCCUACAAAUAAUUUACAAUUAGAAUUAGUGGAACCAAUUUUAUUCCUCAGAGGAAUUCCACAAGAAUCUGUAGGUUGUUUCUUAAGAGGUAAAUUGAUCUUAAAUUUGAAUAAACCUACAAAAAUAAAGAAAAUCGAAAUGAAGUUUGUUGGGAAAAUAAAAACUUAUUGGCCUGAAGGAAAAAUUUAUGUUGGUUCAAGUUCUAAUAACUUAUGUGAAGAACUCGAAGUCAUAUCUCACCAUUGGACAUUUUUAACAUCUUCAAGCGGAUCCAAUUCAAGAAUUUUUAACAAUUCAUUUCAAUUAUUGAAUGCUGGUACACAUGUUUACGAUUUCGAAUUGUACAUACCCGGAGAUUUACCCGAAACAAUAAAAGCUGAUCGUGGUAGAGUUACCUAUAAAAUUACUGCGCGUGCUAUACGUCCAGGAUUACAAUUGAAUCUUAAUGUAUCACGUAAUGUUACUAUAAUACGAACAAUAUUUGAUGAAAGAAAUGCUGAAGGAAUAAUUUAUACGAGCAAUUGGAGAAAAAUGUUAGGCUAUGAAAUAAAUAUAUCAAAGAAAGCUUAUCUACUCGGUGAAUUAAUGCAAGUUUAUUUAAAAUUUAAACCUAGAGUUCAAGAUAUAUCCGUUUUUGGUGCUCAACUAAAAAUAAUUGAAGAAUCUACUUAUAAAUCUAAUGGUCAAAAAGUUACUGAAUCCCAAUCUUUUGAUGUAUAUCAAUUUCGAACUGACGACCCUGAAAUUCCUAUAGAUUUUGACGAAGAUGGAAAUAUUUACUAUAAUAUCACUCCUCAAAUACCAGAAUGUACCGGUCCAAUUCAUUAUUCAUGUAAAUCUUCUGGAAUAAUUAUAUCACAUAAAUUGAAAUUUACUUUCACAGUAAUGGCUCCAAUUAUUGGUAGUUCUAAGAGUAAAAAGAAUAGAUUUGAAGUGGAAAUACCAAUUACUAUACUUUCAUGUAUAUGUGUUGAUGAUUUACCAACUUAUGAUGAAGGUGAAUUUCAAUUUAACGAUUAUAAUAAUUUUAGUAAUUUUAGUAAUCAACAAAAUCAAUUUUUUAUGGAUUUACCACCAAAUUAUGAAAAAUCUACUUCUUGCGUUUAUCAGAAAAAUUUAUCUACACUUCCUUCAUCCAAAUCUCAAAAGUCAAAGAAAUAUUUAGUAUUUGAUAAUAAAACUUCCUUUAAGGAUUUCCUAAAAAUAUCUUCAAAGGCACAAAAUGAUUUAUAUAAAAAAGAUGAUGAUAAUAAUGAAUUAAUAGGAAUAGGAAUUCCUUAUUUAAAUAAUGAUAUUAAAACAUUAGGAAUAAAUACAAAAUAUUUUAUAGAAGUUUAUGGAUGUCAGAUGAACGUUAAUGAUACUGAAAUUUUAAUUUCAAUAAUGAAUUCUUCUGGAUAUCAAAAAACUGAUCAUUUAGAAGAUGCUGAUAUUAUAUUUUUAGUUACGUGUGCUAUUAGGGAUAAGGCUGAAAAUAAAAUUUGGCAUCGGUUAAAUGUAUUAAAAAAUAUGAAAAAAGGUAAAAGACCGUUAAUUGGUGUGUUGGGU